GGUUGCAGCAGCAGCAUCAGCAGCAGCGGGAGGCGGAAGCAGAAGCGCGCCGAGGAUGCCGAGCUCGGCCGGCACCGGCAGCUGACCCCGGGGGGGGAGCCAGGCCAUGGCCUUCCUGGGGGGGCCCCGGCUCCUGGACUGGGCCAGCUCCCCCCCUCACCUGCAAUUCAACCGCUUCGUGCUGACGGGCUACCGGCCGGUCAGCUCCGGGUCCGGCUGCCUCCGCAGCCUCUUCUACCUGCACAACGAGCUGGGCAACAUUUACACCCACGGUAUCCCUCUGCUGGGGUUCCUCUUUGUGAUACCCUUGACCAUUCCAUGGGCCCGGAUCUCAGUAGCAUGGCUAGGAAUUGCACGCUAUCUAAACAUAUCACCCUUCGAUAGCGUACUCUACCACCUCUGCGGGAACCACGAGGGAGUAGCUCUUUACCACACCUUACUCCACCCUUGCCAACCCUGCCCGUUGUGCUAACCUCUCUCUCUUUCAUCUGCAGGUGCUCUGCCAAUCAUCUAUUGCACGCUGGCCUGCACCCCAAUUGUCCGUACUGUUGCCCUGCUGGCCUACACAGCCCUUUCAAGCUAUGCCAUCUUUUGCGCAGUGAUCGUCCGGGCUUCCAAGCGUCGCCUAGGAGGUCCUUUCCUGCCUCGGCCCAGGCCCUCUUCCCGCUUCUUGCCUUCUUCGCAAUUACCCCUCCCAGCUUUGCGGUAGGACUGGCACCGGCAAAUCCCUUAGCCUUCAUAAGCAUUUCGUACCCUCCCACUAAUGGAUGGCUUAGCCCUCCUCGGGGGCGUCAUCAACAUCUCCAGAGUGCCCGAGCGCUGGAAGCCGGGCCGCUUUGACUACUGGUUCAACAGCCAUCAGAUUAUGCACGUUCUGGUGGUGGUCAGCAUCCUCUAUCUCCACUGGGGUGUAGUGGCCGAUCUACAGUGGAUUGCCAACUAUGCCUGCCCAAUGGAAUGAGCACACCGUGGCCACCCCUUUCUACAGAAGAACUCCGCUGAUUGAGGUGGGAGGACUUCUGGGAUUUGGGCCGUUCAGUCCAUUGUUCAAAGUCUUCUACAAGGGCUGAUGGACAUGGAGGAACACAUGCAUGUCUUCUGGAUAGAACCUGCUUGGGUUUUGUUCCUGGGGGGCUGCAAUUUUCCAUUGGUUGAAUACUUGUGGAUCAGUAGGAUUUGGAUAUUUCCAGUUAUACAACAAUGGAUUUCCAUUGGUUGAGGUGCUUCUAGAGCAGCUUGUGAUGUUCAGCUGUUCUUCCAAAUGACCACCAGGGUGAGCUGGGGAAAGUGGACAAGGGUUCUUUUAUGGUUGAUGUACAAUCUUAGAAGGUGAGGGAAAUCGUUGGCAUCAUUGAUACAAAAGGUCUUAAUGAAUUUAGACCUCUUACGUCAACUCUCAUUGGCUGUAUGCCUUUCCCCAUUGCUCUAGUUCCAUCGGCUGUGGUGGUGGUUUGGGAGGAAUUUCACUGGACAUCCCUUUUUCUCCACCUGUUUUGAGAGUGAGGUAUGCACUUGGAAGAACAGGGGUUGUAGAAGAUGCUUGUUUUUUGGGCACAGCUUCUCUGCUUUAUAGAGAGUUAUUUAAUAGACUUUUUAUCCAGGUAUCUUUCAGACACCAUGCAAUACUUUUCUUAUUUUUAAAAAAGGGCUGGUUAGACACCUGGGUAUCAAGGUCUGCUGCACUGAACGAUACGGAGGACUUAUCUUGUAGGGGCGGGGGAAGUACGGCUGAAAUGCUGCUAACCAGCUAGUGGGAGAAUCUUUUAUGUAUUUUUUGCUCUGAAAUGACUUGAAGCACUGAACUAGCUUCCUCCCCCCCUCCUCGGGGGGCAAUUAGGGGCCUUGAAAAAGGGAUUGGGGUAGUUCAGGGAGCCAUGACCCCCUCGCCCUCCCCCACUUCCAUUUCCGGACUGUGGCUUCCUUUGCAGCAUGCCUCAGCUUCUCAAUUCCCUCCUGGUGAAGAGACCUGGGGAGGAGGGGAUCAGCCCUGAAUGUAUCCGUUUUUGGGUUGAUCCUAAUGUUUUUCUCUGCCCUGCCUCCCUCUAUUAUCCAUCUAUUGCAGCUGGUGCUUUCUGAAGCUUAGUUUAGCAUGCAUCUGAAGAGCAUUCUCUGCUCCACUUUUUAGUGGCCACAGCAACUACCACCACUGUCGUGACAGUGGCCCCGUGAGGGAGCCACGAGCCACUACAGCUUCCCUCUCCUUUCUUAUUGGCCAUUAAGGACCAUGAGGCCACUUCGUUUUUUUCCUUCAACUGGCCUCCCGAAUUAGCGUAACUGGUCCAUGUUGGAAGACCGCGGCGGAGUUUCGUUUGCUUCAAUCUGAGUGGCAACCGUCGGUUUUGACUAUGAAUUGGAAGGGCAAAGAGUCAAGGUUUUAAAAGUCCCUGAUCAGCAACUAGAUUUCUAGAAGGGAGUUUUUGAGAAAACAUAGUCAGGGGUGGAAUGCCAAAGUACAAAGCAGUUUUCUAGCAAGUCCUGUUGCCACUGACACGGCUUCCUUUCCCACUUCUCGUUUACUGCUGGGUGGGAAAUGGAAAGUCAAGCAUUCUCCCUGCCCUGAGUUGGUGAGAGUCGAACUUAUGAUGAGUUUCUCUUUUUAAACUGCUGAUCUGCAGUUUAGAUAAUCUCAAUUCAAAUAAAAGCCAAUAGUAAACAGGAGUCCCAACAGCACAUUUUUAUUCUAGCAGUUGCACAGUAGACCAAACAAGAGCUCUUAUCUAUAAAAGCAUAGGUUAGAAUAAAAACUGGCUAGUCUUUAAAGUUCUGCUGGAUUCCUCACUCAUGCUCCAACAGAUUAACACAGCUGCCCCUCUGGAAAGAUCUAACUAGCAGUUUUUCUUUGGUUGCCAUAAUGAUCUUCAAAAUCUAGGCUCUAAUGUGGGUUCCAGGGCACAUAAAAGUUCCUUUAUGCACAUGUGUGUUUUUUUAUUUGGUUAGGGUGGUUUUUUUUUAAAAAAAAACUGGGGUCUUUCUGUCCCAUGGGUCUGUCGUUCAGCCCCAAAGGAAUGCACCUAAAACAACACCAUGAACAUAAGCAUCCCAGCCCAUAUUUCAGGGCCAUUGUAAAUAAAGAGAAACAUUUUAACGUUUAAUUUAACAUAUGUAUUUUAACAGAUUAUAAGGAGAUGGAAGAUGAUCUUCCCCAUCCCACUGGGAUUCUAUAUUUUCUAUGCAGUACCACCUUAAUCUGAAUCUUAAUCCAUUCUGUAUAAAGCAGCUGAGGAAAAAAAAAAGAGCAUGUAUGAACUUAGUUAAAAACCUGUUUUGGAAAUUCAGAUAUCUAGUGUCCAAGUAGUAGGGCAAAGCAAAGAGGAUUUGGGGCUGAUUCGGGGCCAAACUAGACAUGAUCGAUAGCUGGGUAUUGAUCUUUUCCCCGCUGUUGGGUAGGUGCAAUCUUCAAGGGGGUUGGGGAGAAAAGACCAGGUUGCAGAAAGUGGCCAGAGGGAAAGGGGUUAAAUAGCCCCUCCCUAGUUUCUCAUUUUAAAUCCCCAGCUGCUUAAGGCUACUUUUCUUCUUUUCUCCCCCAAGUAAGCAGCAGAGGAGGAAUACAUGCAUCUGAGUCAUGCAUGGUUUGGACCCUUUCCUUUGUAUCCAACAGCUUAUUUGUUGGGGAGGGGGAACCUCUGACAUUACUGCAGACAAACUCUGUGCAGUUAAAACGGCAGAUUUUUUAAAAUGCGGCUUGGCAGGCACAGUCACCUUAAAACAGGGUUAAGACUUAAAGAUGCUACCCUUGAGGAAAAAUAAAAUCUGGGUCUCCAUGUGCCACCGGUAGUAUUUUGCAAAUGGAGAAGAUGGUUGGUGGCCUUAAGAGAAGGUCUGCAGCAUAAGGUAAGGACAGACUUAGACCUCCCGCGUUGGGUUGUGAAGCGUAUUUUCCGCUCUCUUCUUUUUGGGGCUGGGGUUUCAUCUAUUCUCAGCCUAGUCUUGUCUCUUGUUAUCUCAGGGUAGACGGACAUAAGUUAAUGUUCGCAGCUUCUGUGCUGAAGCGACAUAUCUCUUUAAAAUAAAAAGAGCAAGACAACAAAUAAUUUUUAAAAAUGCACUCUGGGCAGGUGGGAGGGCAAUGGAGAAAUUGUAGAUGCUUAUGAUCCAGGACGCUCUGUUGGACAGACAGCAGGUCUAGGCUUCUAAUAAAGAGAGAUGUUUAAGGA